AUGGAGCCUUGGCGACUGGGCUCAGCAGCGGCAAGCGCAAGCGGCGCAAGCAGCAUUGCGUCAAUGGCGUCGAUUGCUUCGGUGGACAGUGCUCUUGGGACUCACUACCGCGAGCCAAUAGAUUCCUCGCAUUUGGCAGAGGACUCGUCAAAUUUGUCAUGGUGCAGUGCGCAGCUUGCACCAGAGCUGGCUGAUAGUGCCCGAAAGGCCUGGGCAGUCGAGCUUGGAGAAAUUAGAGAACUAGAAAGAGAAAGUCAAGGAGAAUUUGGAGAUCCUUUAGACUUGGAAGCGUUCGUUCUGUCAGAAAGUCGUUCAAGUCCGACAGAGCUCCUUCCCUUUGGGCUUUUAGAUUCACCUUUGAACAGCCCCAGCUCCCGCAAUGAGUCAAGUGAGCUGAAGACAUCGAAGACUCCGAUUCUCGAAUGCACUGAGCAGAAGCCGCGUCAAGAGAAGCGGGGAUUGCCCAGGGAAUACCAUCAUAGCCGGGUGCCGAAGAAUGUCAAUUUGCAGGAGGAGUAUGAAAGUCAUCCGGGUAGGGAGAUCACCACCUUGAUGACCCUUGAGCUUAUUGCUGAGCUGGAAGAUUUGGGCUUUGCUGGUAGCUUCAAUUUCUUGUACAUUCCUCUCGACAAAGGAACUAUGUCAAACGUGGGCUAUGCAUUUGUGAACUUUGUGAACACGGACUGGGCCAACCGGUGCAUUUUGACCUUUCAGGGGUACCGCUUCAAACGACAUCGCAAGUCUUCUGGGAAGAUUGCAGCGAUCUCUACUGCACACCUUCAAGGUCUCGAGGCCAACUUGGCGCACUAUGAGAAAUCAGCUGUGAACACUGCGAAGCUGAAGCACCGCCGGUUGCAGCCCAAGCAGAGCCCAAAGCUUGGCCAUGAGACUGCUUUGGUCUACAUGGAGGGCUUCAGAGAUGGUGGCUUCGUUGAGACACCACAGCUUACACAGCUCAGUGGCCAGCAGCAUGACCUUGAGCUCCGCUGCCCAGAGAGCUUGGCAGAUUCGCCCCUGGGGUCCCUGGCCUCUGAAGGCUCCCAGAUUUUGCUCUCAAAUCUCCGGACGCUGAUGUCCUUACUGUACGUCGACUACGACUGCACUCAUUUGUAUCCGACUGACUUUGAGCGCUGCACUGACAAGCAUGCGGUGGUUACCUCCAUAAAUCAUAGCCUUGUACAGAUCGUGGACCGUGUCCACAGUGGCUUUCUUGCUGAAUUCUGGCAGGCAGUGCAAGAAGCGAUAGACAUCAUCGGAUGUGAAGUGUUCGCUUUCCGACCGUCUACAAGCUUUGAACCUACAGAACAUGCACUCAUGUCUUUCCAUUACUUCUUCGCUGACCUACAGAAAAGUCGCAUUCUUUUCAUAGGCAGUGUCACGAAGAGUCGGCGGAGCGCCCGUGGAGGUCCCGACUCCGACAGUGACGUGCAGCUGUCUCAGGACUCUGCCUCCGAAGACUCCAAGGGACGCAGCAGUGAGAUGGGCUCCAGCCUACAGGAGGGCGAGUUUGCGUUCAGUGAUGGCAGCGAUGAUGCGAUGCAACCAUGA